CAUUUCAACGACGUCAACAAAAAAAAAAAAAGAAAAGAAAAAGAAAUUUCUUCAUCGAAUUAAAAAUUAAUAAAAAAAUUAAAUUUUUCACUGUUUUCCCAAAUUAAUAUAAUCCGCCCCGGAUAUUAUUAUAACAAUGUCGUACUUUUCUCACGGAAGUGAAAUAAUAAAUUUAAAUGUUGGUGGACAAAGAUUUUCUACGUCACGACAAACCUUGACAUGGAUUCCAGACACAUUCUUCACUGCACUUUUAAGUGGCCGCAUCUCGAGCCUGCGUGAUGAAAAUGGGGCUAUUUUCAUAGACCGCGAUCCAUUUCUCUUUUCUGUUAUUCUUAAUUACCUUCGCACCAAAGACAUCGACAUUAGCAAAUGUGAUGUCCGAGCUUUGAGACAUGAAUCCGAAUAUUAUGGCAUUACACCAUUAAUUAAACGAUUAAUGCUCUGCGAGGACCUCACCCAUUCCUCGUGUGGUGAUAUUCUAUUUUACGGUCUACUUCCUCCACCGACUCUGCCACCAAAUGAUAUCCCAUUGAAUUCAGCUUCGUCGACAACAUCGAAUAAUUCGACUUCAUCGUCAUGUGGCCAAAGCGGCGGCGGCGGUGGAGUAGUAGAACCGCCUGCUGCUUGUUCGACAAAUGCCCAAGCUGCCCAAUCUGCAGCUGGGCCAGCUGCAAAUGCACGACCCGGAUCAAUGGUUCGUGUGCCCGAACUGUCUAGUUCGGCAAGUGCGAGUGGAAGUAGUAGACACUCGACACAUUCAAGGAACUCGUCGUGGGACCUUCGUCUCGCCGGAAGACAAGACAGUCGAACUUGGUCCUCGAAUCCGGGGCAUUCAAGAACUGCCUCACUCGAUCUAAUGCGACAUUCUCGAAACUCGUCAGCUGACUUGAAUAAACUGAUUAAAAAUGAUGUCAGUUUGGUUUUCAGUCCGACUUUGACAUCCAACUGGGUAGAUCCUUUGCGAGUGCAAAUUAUAAAAGCCCAUCACAAUUGGAUUUCAGUUGCAUAUGCUCAUUUUGUUACAUGUUAUCGAUUAAAAGACUCUACCGGUUGGCAAUUGGUCUUUACAUCGCCACACAUAGACUCGACAAUCGAACGGAUUGCAAUGGAUUCAAAAGUUAAUUUCUCGUGUGCUGAUCAGGUUCCAAGUAAAAUGAUUGCCAUAUCAUAUGGCAGUCAAAUAAGACUUUGGAAUGUCCAAGAGGAUGGCAAUAAGACUGAUAUUGGAACAUUCAACUUGAAUGUUCGUGUGGAAUAUUUCUUUUUUAUUGGAAGUCAAUUGGUUGCGCUGUCGUCAUCGGGGAAAAUUGGUGUAUGGCAUGCAAUGACUCAACAUUGGCAAAUACAAGAUUUAGUUCCAAUAUUAUCGUUUGAUAGUGCUGGAUCGUUUUUAUUGCUUGGAUGUAAUAAUGGAUCAAUUUAUUAUAUAGAUAUGCAAAAGUUUCCUCUGCGCAUGAAAGAUAAUGAUUUACUUGUAACGGAAUUGUAUAAGGAUCCAGCAUCGGAUCCAAUUACAGCUAUUUCUGUGUAUUUGACUUUAAAAACUGCAACAACGGAAAGGGAACUAGAAGGUCUAAGUGGAAACUGGAUAGAAAUUGCUUAUGGAACAAAAUCAGGUUCUGUGCGAGUAAUCGUACAACAUCCCGAAACUGUUGGCCACGGUCCACAGCUCUUUCAAACUUUUAGCGUACAUCAAAGUCCAGUGACAAAAGUCACUCUUUCGGAAAAAUACCUAAUAUCUGUAUGCAGUGAAUAUAAUCACGUUCGAACAUGGGGCGUACCUCGUUUCCGUGGUAUGCUCUCUACACAACCUGGCUCAACACCCAAAGCGUCAUUUAAGAUAGUUUCUUUGGAGGCAACCGACACUAACUACGCCUAUUCAGCUGGAAAUGAUUUUGGGCCAUUUGGCGGGAAAUACGAUAAACCUAUUUUCGUACAGAAAGUUGUCCCAGAAACCGAUCAACUGUAUGUGCGUUAUGCUUCAGAUGGCGAACGUGUGUGUGUUAUUAAAUCGGUUGAUGGUUCCACCAUAACGUCAUUUUGCGUUCAUGAAUUCGAAGGUCCAUCUAGAAUGGGAUCACGUUUUAUCCUAACUGGCCAUUGCAAUGGAGCAAUUCAGAUGUGGGAUCUAACUACAGGUCUAUCAUUAGAUUCGAAGGAAGAUGGGCAUAAAAAUAAAAAUGCAGGUGGUCCGGAUAUGGUGGAAUUGCUGCGAUUACUCGAUCAGUGUGAUAUAAGUACCAGUCACAGUUCAACGCCCUGCAUGUCACCAUGUUUGCCUACCGUAUCGAAUGCCACAAUUGCCAGACUUAAAGCCAGCAACGUUGCCCUGCUAAAUCAAUCUCAGCACCAAAGCAACAGUGACUGAUUGUCACUAUUGAAACACUGCGUGCGGAUGUGCAAAUGAAUGAUGAGACUUUGUUUUGUAUUUUUAUUUUUGGACUGAAAUUUUAAAAAUAAAACGAAAAAUAGUGAGGAAAAUGUUACUACUAGAGAUCGACAGAGAGACAGCGGAAAGUUGUGGUGAUAUGCAGAAAUCACCACGGAAAUAUUUGUUAUCAAACUUUUUAGAAAUAUUUUUUUUACAACUAUAUUAAAUAAAUUAUAUAUAUUUACUUUAGGAAAAUUGAAUCUGUGAAAAGAAUGCUAUAUAAUAAAAAAAAUUUAAUUAGUUUUAACCGUUUUAAACAAA